UGGCAGCUGGUGCCAGGGUUAGGUGUCCCAGGUGGUGCUGGGUCGGGGUUUGGGCUGAGUGACCUCAGAGGUCUCUUUGCCCCCAGAGAGCAUCUCCUCUGCUCCCCAGGAGGGGUUAUGGCUGCGUGAUCCAGGCCAGGGGGCACCGAGGUCCAGCCCUGCCCUGCCUGCUGCUGCUCUCCCUCCAACUCACCCAAGGGGAGGGCUCCGGGGCAGGAGCUGGGGAGGGCUCCAGGGCAGGAGCUGCUCCAUCUUCUCCUUCCCAUGGCCUCUUUGGCUUAAACCCCCAGAACCUUCCCUCCCCAGCCGCUCUGGUCCCAGUGCCCCCCAGCCGGGCAGGACCCUGCCGCGGGGAUGCUGCUGCCCCCAGCUGGGUGCUGGUGGUCUGGGGCAGGACCCCCCGCGGGCUUUGCUGGGGGGUGGCCGAGGGCUGGAGCGCCGCCAGCUCGUCCCAGGUGCCCGCGGCUCAAGUGCCAGCCGGGAGCUGCCUCUGGCUGUCACCCGAUGCCCGCCGGCUCCGGAGCCUGCCCCCGGGGCUAUAUAAGGAGCACGGAGCCGGAGCGGAGGGGAGGGGACGGCUGCGGGCAGCAGGAGCUGAGGCGGUGCCGGAGGUCGCUGAGGUGAGCUGAGAGGACCCCUGGGCCAGAAGGUGUCACUGAGCAACCUCAAACACCUCCCCCCAGCCCCUACCCUCCCCGUGGUGGCCUGGGUGGGGGUGCGUGGGUGGACCUGGUGCGUCUCGCCCCCAGCCCCGGCUCCUUCCUCCACCGCCACCAUGGUGGGUCUGAAGCCCCCCGAGGUGCCCCCCCCGCCCGCCGCCAAGUUCCUCUGCGCCGGCACCGCUGCCUGCAUCGCAGAUCUCUGCACCUUCCCCCUGGACACCGCCAAAGUGCGGCUGCAGAUCCAAGGCGAGGUGCGGGUCCCGCGGAGCUCCAGCGCGGUGCAGUACCGAGGGGUGCUGGGGACGCUGCGCACCAUGGUGCGGACCGAGGGCGCUCGCAGCCUCUACAGCGGCUUGGCCGCGGGGCUGCAGCGCCAGAUGAGCUUCGCCUCCAUCCGCAUCGGCCUCUACGACUCGGUGAAGCAGCUCUACACCCCCAAGGGGGCUGAGAGCACGGGGCUGGGGGCACGGCUGCUGGCAGGCUGCACCACGGGCGCGGUGGCAGUGGCCUGCGCCCAGCCCACGGACGUGGUGAAGGUUCGGUUCCAGGCGCGGGCGGCGCUGCCCGACGGCGCUCGGCGCUACAGCGGCACCUGGGACGCCUACCGGAGCAUCGCCAGGGAGGAAGGCGUCCGCGGGCUCUGGAGAGGGUCCCUGCCCAACAUCGCCCGCAAUGCCAUCGUCAACUGCGGGGAGCUGGUCACCUACGACCUGAUCAAGGAGGCGCUGCUGCGGGCGCAGCUGAUGGCAGACAAUGUCCCCUGCCACUUCGUGGCCGCCUUCGGGGCUGGCUUCUGCGCCACGGUGGUGGCGUCGCCGGUGGACGUGGUGAAGACUCGGUACAUGAACGCCGGCCCCGGGCAGUACCGCAACGCCCUCAGCUGCCUCCUCGCCCUGCUGAUGCAGGAUGGGCUCGCUGGGCUCUACAAGGGCUUCAUCCCCUCCUUCCUGCGCCUGAGCUGCUGGAACGUGGUCAUGUUCAUCUCCUACGAGCAGCUGCAGAGGGCAGUGGUGCUGGUCAGAGCAGCCCCGUCCUGACCCAGCCCCUCCCCAGCCCCUGCUCGUCAGCCUCGGCGAGGCCCAGCAGUUAAUUACAUUAAUUAACGGAGCCGUGAGAAGAGCACCAACGCCCAGCCCGGCCGGAGGAGAAGUGAGGAAGGAAGUUUGUGGAGGGAGGUGGCAGGAGGAAGGUUUGCAGAGAGCCAGUCUGAGGUUGGAGGUUCUCCAGAAGGUGACCAGAGGUGGGAUGGGGGGGAUGUGAUUCCUGUUAUUCCUUAGGGAUGCUUCCAAUAAACCACCCCUAUGGGGUCUGAUAGAU